ACCUCCAUAGUUUCAUUUCAUUAUGAGCUUUUCUCUGGUAUUUAAGUUCUUGAUAUUUGCAGCUUUCAUGGGGAUUACUGCUUUUCCCCAUGUAAACUGCAAAAAUCUCCAUGAUUUCAAUUUUCCAGACUUCCCUUAUCAACGCAUGGACGAGCUUACGAUGAUAACUGGUUCAGGUGUGAAUAAAAACGCCAUCCAAGUAACAUAUGAUCUUAGUGGAAAGCGUAUGGAUAAUUUAUCCGGACGAUCCUUCUACAGAGAUUCAUUUACUUUGUGGAGAAGAAAUAGCAAAAAUGUCACCACUGCUGCAACUUUCAGCACCACUUUUACACUCAACAUCGUUAACCAGUCGAAUCCUGGGGGUGAGGGCUUGGCAUUUAUAAUCACCGGAAAGAGUGAUCUUCCCGAGAACAGUGAAGGGCAAUGGCUCGGGAUUGUGAAUUCGACUACAAAUGGAUCCUCCGAAGCACAGAUUGUUGCGGUUGAGUUUGACACCAGGAAGAGCUUUUCCCAGGAUGCAGAUGAUAAUCAUAUUGGACUGAAUGUCAACAGUAUUUUCUCUGUGGAUCAAGUUCCUCUGAGAGUCGAGCUUUCUUCGGGUAAAAAUAUAACUGUUCGUGUUGAGUAUGAUGGCAAAAACAUGACUGCUUUUGUGGGAUAUGAGUUCAUGAAGCUGAAUCAAGUGCUUACUCAACCUAUUGAUCUCUCUCAGUAUCUCCCGGAGAAGGUUUUUGUCGGGUUCUCGGCGUCAACGAGCAAUUUUAGCCAGUCGAAUUGUGUUUUAUCCUGGGAAUUUCACGGUUCAGAUAUUGAUAAAAGGAGAAAUCUACUCUGGGUUUGGAUCGUUGUUGUGGUUGCUGUGGUUCUCCUUUUGUUAAUCGGUGUCGGAUUUUGCUUGUAUAAAAGAAGGAGACAUGAACUCCGGGAGCUUGAGGAUUUACAGCGCAUGGAGAGUCAUAUCAAUGACUUCAACCUGGCACCGAAGAAGUUCAAACUGAGGGAAUUGAAGAAGGCAACAGGGAGAUUCAGCCCCAAAAACAAGCUGGGAAAAGGCGGAUUCGGAACAGUCUAUAAGGGAACCUGGAGGAAUAGAGAGAUAGCUGUGAAAAGAGUUUCGGAGACGUCGCGACAAGGCAAGCAAGAAUUCAUUGCAGAAGUCACAACAAUUGGCAGCCUGAGGCACAAAAACCUCGUCAAACUUAUUGGUUGGUGUUACGAGAGACAUGAGCUCCUUCUUGUGUACGAUUACAUGCCUAAUGGAAGCUUAGACAAGUGCAUAUUCGUCGACGAGAAGACAGGAUUGGGGGAAUCAACUCUGAAUUGGGAAACAAGAGUGAGCGUAAUCCAUGGAACCGCUCAGGCCCUGGAUUAUCUCCACAAUGGGUGUGAGAAAAGGGUGCUUCACAGAGAUAUCAAAGCGAGCAACAUAAUGCUCGAUUCAGAAUUCAAAGCAAGACUGGGGGAUUUCGGGCUGGCACGAACGAUCCAGGAUCAGAAAACCCACCACUCCACGAAUGAGAUAGCCGGAACUCCCGGAUAUAUGGCGCCAGAGAUUUUCCUGACAGGGAGAGCCACUGUGGAAACAGAUGUUUAUGCAUUUGGGGUGCUGAUCCUGGAAGUUGUUUCCGGAAGGAAGCCUGGAAAUCAAAGUGAACAAAACAGUUACAACAACAGCAUUGUGCAUUGGCUCUGGGAGCUUCACAGGAAGGGGAGGAUUCUUGAUGCCGCAAAUCCGAGAUUGGAAGGGACGUUUUCGGAGGAAGAAAUGGAGUGUAUUUUGAUUCUGGGGUUGGCUUGUUGCCAUCCGAAUCUGCACCAGAGGCCAUCGAUGAAAUUGGUUUUGAAGGUUCUUUCAGGAGAGACAGCUGUCCCAGAAGUCCCAACAGAGAGACCUUCAUUCGUGUGGCCAGCCAUGCCUCCAUCUUUCAAUGAAUCGGAUAACUCUCUUGCAGGAAGCCAACUUACUCCGUUUUCACAACUCAGUGGGAGGUAGAAGAUUGGAAGAGGAAGAUUAAUAGCUUAGUUUAAGGUACCUUAUGUUGUAAAAUAUUGAAGUGUAAUUUGGAGAUUGUAGAUUCUUUAGUAAGUUGAAGAAAGUUUCUCAUUCUUUUUUAUGUAAAUCAAUUGCUUGUUCAUGGUCAGUCCUUUUGCUUUCAUAACAGAAGCAAAGUUCAUUUCACUAUUUAUAUUUUAAGUUUGUAACUCAACCUAAAGGUCAUAUAAAGUUUGUAACUCAGCCUAAAGCUCAUAUAGUCUGAAUCCAACCGAGUAACUAUUAUCAAUUUUAAAUUUAAA